AUGGAGUAAUCAACGUCAAAUGAGGAUAAGCUAAACUUCAAUAACAUAUCAGAUGAUGAUCUCGCAGAUAACCCUUAUCUCACUCCAGAGUAGAAAUCUCAACUCAACACUAAAAAUAAUUUACCAAAAUCGCCAAUUAAUCAUACUUAGCCUUAGCAGCAUGAAAAUUAGCCAAAAGAAAAUAUAAAGGAAGAUGCCAAAAAAUAAAAUGAAAAAAUUGAUAAUAAAAUACCUCCCCAUACACAAAUAGCAUUGUAGAACAUGUGGUAGAAGUUGCUGCUCCAAUUGCUCCAUUAAGAUAAGCCUUAAAGGUAUAAUUUAUUAUUCUAUUUAUAAAUCAAUGAAGGUAUUGGCUAAUCUUACAGAAUUUGUGAGUUUUGCGAAGUAAAAAAUGAAAAUUCUUAGAUAGAGGAUUAUUACAGGCUAGAAUGCAGUCUAAGAUAAUCUGACUAAGAAAUAGUCUAAGAAAAGAUUAAAUGGCUGAAAAAGACUAUUAAAGAUAUUGAAAAGCAAAUAGGUCACGAAAGAGAGGAUAUAAGUCUAUUGUAAGCCUCAAGUAAAAGAUAAAUAGAUGAUGUUUAAAAUAAGAUAAGCAAUCUGCAUAAGGAAAAAUAGAGAUUGGAAAAAUUGAAGGAGUAACUAUUGAAGAGUGUGGAGGAGUUGUCUACUGAAAAUAAAGUUAAAGAUUAGAAGAUUAAGGAGCUUUCCAGUUUAAGAGCUUAAAAGCUGAUUGAACUAGACAAAACAAAGACUAAGAUCGAAAACAAAGAGAAAGAGAGAAAUGAACUUAUCAAAGAGAUUAGCAAAUAUGAUAACAAUUUCAGAUCUUUUAUCUAGUCAGAGACAGAUUAAAAUGACAUGAACUUGACUCUAGAGGAUGAAAUAGUUUAUCAAUAAAUUCCUGGCUCAUAGACUAUCAUUAUAGAUGAAUCAUUCUAGUUGGAUCAGUCCUUAAGAUAGCCCCAAGAGGAGUAAAAAAGAGGUGCACUUUCUAAGACAAUUAUGCACAAAUGA